AAAAUAUUGCCGACUCCGCCAACGAUCAUUUACAGGGUCGGUCGUCCACACAUAAAAAGAUAAUCGACUUCUUAAUUCAUAACAAGAAAUGACAAACACAAGAGAAAGCUUGAGAGACAAUUCUAGAUGGAGUCUGGGAGGCAUGACCGCUCUUGUGACUGGUGGCUCCAAAGGCCUCGGAGAAGCUGUGGUGGAGGAACUAGCUAUGUUGGGAGCAAGAGUCCACACAUGUGGUAGAAACGAAACUCAGCUUCAAGAACGCUUACACGAAUGGCUAGCAAAAAGAUUUCUGGUUACCACUUCUGUUUGUGACGUUUCUUUGCCUGACCAACGAGCGAGGCUCAUGGAAACUGUCUCCUCUCUCUUCCAAGGGAAGCUCAACAUACUUGUAAAUAACGCGGGAACCUCUAUAGUAAAGCCUGCCACAGAAUUUUCAUCAGAAGACUUCUCAUUUCUGAUGGCUACGAAUCUGGAGUCAGCUUUUCAUCUCUCACAACUCGCGCAUCCAUUAUUGAAAGCCUCGGGCUCAGGGAGCAUUGUGGUCAUGUCCUCCGCUGCUGGGGUUGUGCAUAUGAGCGUCGGAUCCAUCUACGGAGCAACUAAAGGAGCAAUGAAUCAGCUGGCUAGAAACUUAGCUUGUGAAUGGGCAAGUGACAACAUAAGGGUCAACUCAGUUUGUCCGUGGUUUAUCACAACUCCUUUGGCUGUCAGCCUUUUUCGAAGUGAUGAAAAUAUUAAAGAAAAAGUGGAGAGUAGGACACCGAUGGGACGUGUUGGAGAACCAAACGAAGUCCCAUCGCUUGUGGCGUUUCUCUGUUUGCCUGCGGCUUCGUAUAUAACAGGUCAAAGCAUUUGCAUUGACGGAGGUGCCACUAUUAAUGGCUUCUCUUUGCCUUAAAACACAUUUAUAUAUUAUGAAAGACCUAAAACCAAAACAUUCGUUAGAUUUUCAUUUUCUUAAUAAACUAUGUAAUUUGAUGAAAAUUUAUUAAACAUGUAUUUUUUCUUUUUACUGAGAGGUUUAACUUUAUGGAAUUUUCACUUGUAAAUCAUUCAUAUCUGAAGAUGUUCCGUGAAACUCCCGGAAA